AUGGAGAAGAAAAUGAAACGUAUGAGGACAAUGAAUCUUUGCAAACGCGAUUGCUAUCAUUUUCUUAUGAUCUCAAAUGUUACCGAGGUUUAUCGGAUUUGGGGACUGCUAAAGAAAUCUCACCCUCAAUUCAGCAAUGCAAACUAUCAUGCCGUGCUGCAAGCAUUGAGCGAACUCCGCGAUAUUGAUGGAAUCAAGAAACUCUUUGCAGAUCCGAGGUGUAAAGGUACUCGUCCCUUUGUCAAAAUUCGGGAGCUUUUGAUGAUGCAUUUGUUGGAGAACGAUCAGGCGGAUUUGGCUUUGAAGCAAUUCAAAGAGGUUGUUUCGGUUACAGUUAAGAAUCCAUCGAAAUGGUGGUCUAAGGUAUUGGCUAACAAGGAGGAAUUGGCUUGGAGCUCAAACCUGAUCCGUUCCUUCUUCUUUCACUUUGACAAAGCUAAAGAUGUCGAUGGAGCGGAAGAAUUCUGCAAAAAUUUGGCGAAAUGGAGCCCGUUGCCUCUAGAUUCCGAAACUUACACUCUUGUUAUGAAGAUUUACGUAGCUUCAGGGAAAUUGUGUCCCUUUAUGUGGAAAAGGUUGGAGAGACAUGGGAUUCAACUAGACCAGGAGCAAGAAGACUUGCUUAGGAAGAUUUGCCCUUGA